CCAUUUUGGCCCUAGAGGUGCUUCUGGGAAGUAGUGCGGUGACCCACACACCUUGCCAGCCUUCCGGGUACGGCCUCGUCUGCCCGGGCUUUCUAGGUCGAAGUGUUCGCGUCUGCAGCUGUUGCUGCCUUAAUCUCCGCAGCCUCCAAGGCCUCUAGUCGGGUGGGAGCCUCUGAGCACCGGGCCGCGCCGUCGGUGGUCACAGAGCCGGGAAGGAGGUGACGGGGGCGGCGCGGGGCGCAGACACUCCCCGCCGAGACCCGCCUGCCAUGGACUCGGAAUAUUACAGCGGCGACCAGUCAGCAGAUGAUGGUGGCGCUACCCCAGUACAGGAUGAACGGGAUUCAGGGUCAGACGUUGAGGAUGAUGUAAAUGAGCAGCACUCUGGAUCAGACACUGGAAGUGUAGAACGUCAUUCAGAGAAUGAACCUAGUGAUCGAGAAGAUGGUCUCAACAAAAGACAUCAUGUGACAGACUCUGAGAACGAUGACCCCUCAAAUCUUAAUGCCAGUGACUCUGAAAGUGAGGAGCUUCAAAGGCAAAAGGACAGCGACUCUGAAUUUGAGGGGCAUGCAGAGCCUCCUGCGAGUGAUUCUGAAAACGAGGAUGCCAAUCACCAUGGGAGCGACUCUGAGAAUGAGGAGCCCAGGAAGCUACCUGUGAGCGACUCUGAAAACGAGGAGCUGCUUAAUGGGCACGCAAGCGACUCCGAAAAUGAGGAUGUUAGGAAGCCCCCUGCCAGCGAUUCAGAGGUCGAAGAGCUCCCCAAAAGUCCUGCCAGUUACUCGGAAACAGAGGAUGCUCUAAAACCCCAAGUCAGUGACUCUGAGAGCGAGGAGCCCCCAAGACAUCCAGCCAGUGACUCGGAAAAUGAGGAGCUUCCCAAGCCUCGAGUUAGUGACUCUGAAAGUGAGGAGCUGCCCAAGCCUCGGAUCAGUGACUCAGAAAGCGAGGACCCGCCAAGGCAGCAAGCCAGCGACUCGGAAAAUGAAGAGCUUCCCAAACCCCGUAUCAGUGAUUCGGAAAGCGAGGACCCCCCAAGGCACCAAGCCAGUGACUCGGAAAAUGAGGAGCUUCCCAAACCCCGAAUUAGCGAUUCGGAAAGCGAGGACCCGCCAAGGCACCACGCCAGUGAUUCUGAAAAUGAGGAGCUUCCCAAGCCCCAAGCCAGUGACUCUGAGAGCGAGGAGCCUCAGAAGGGGCCUGCCAGCGAUUCAGAAGCCGAGGCUGCCCCCAGACACAGACAGAAGCCGGAGUCUGACGAGGACAGUGACGGGGAGAAUAAGAGAGAGGACACAGAAAUGCAGGCUGACCCCUUUCAUUCAGAUGCCCAUGUAGACAGGAAGCGGUUCAACAGUUCUGACAGCGAGGAGGAAGAACCAAAAAGGCCCAAAAUUGACAGCGAUGAGGAUGAAGAAAAAGAGGGGGUGGAGGAGAAAGUGGCAAAGCGGAAAGCUGCUGUGCUUUCUGAUAGUGACGAUGAAGAGAAAGCAUCAGCAAAGAAGAGUCGUGUUGUCUCUGAUGCAGAUGACUCUGACAGUGAUGUUAUGUCAGACAAAUCAGGCAAAAGAGAGAAGACGAUAGCAUCUGACAGUGAAGAAGAAGCAGGGAGAGAAUUGUCUGAUAAGAAAAAUGAAGAGAAGGACCUGUUUGGGAGUGAUAGUGAGUCAGGGAAUGAAGAAGAAAAUCUUAUUGCAGACAUAUUUGGAGAAUCUGGUGAUGAGGAGGAGGAAGAAUUUACAGGUUUUAACCAAGAAGAUUUGGAAGAAGAAAAAAGUGAAACGCAGGUAAAAGAAGCAGAAGAUUCAGAUUCUGAUGAUAACAUAAAGAGAGGAAAACACAUGGACUUUCUGUCGGACUUUGAGAUGAUGUUGCAGCGGAAAAAGAGCAUGAGUGGCAAGCGCAGGCGUAACCGUGAUGGUGGUACUUUUAUUAGUGAUGCCGACGACGUUGUGAGCGCCAUGAUUGUCAAGAUGAAUGAAGCUGCUGAGGAAGACAGACAGUUGAAUAAUCAAAAAAAGCCAGCACUGAAAAAAUUAACAUUAUUACCUACUGUGGUCAUGCACCUUAAGAAGCAGGACCUUAAAGAAACAUUUAUUGACAGUGGUGUGAUGUCUGCCAUCAAAGAAUGGCUCUCCCCUCUACCAGAUAGGAGUUUGCCGGCACUAAAGAUUCGAGAAGAGCUGUUGAAGAUUCUGCAAGAGCUACCUAGUGUGAGCCAGGAGACCCUGAAGCAUAGUGGGAUUGGACGAGCAGUGAUGUAUCUUUAUAAACACCCCAAGGAAUCAAGGUCCAACAAGGACAUGGCAGGGAAAUUAAUCAAUGAAUGGUCUCGGCCUAUAUUUGGUCUUACCUCAAACUACAAAGGAAUGACAAGAGAAGAAAGGGAGCAGAGAGACCUAGAACAGAUGCCUCAACGGCGAAGAAUGAACAGCACUGGUGGUCAGACACCCCGAAGAGAUUUGGAAAAGGUGCUGACAGGCGAGGAAAAGGCUCUUAGACCUGGAGAUCCUGGAUUCUGUGCCCGGGCAAGGGUCCCCAUGCCCUCGAACAAGGACUAUGUUGUCAGGCCCAAGUGGAAUGUGGAAAUGGAGUCGUCCAGGUUUCAGGGGACCUCCAAGAAGGGUAUCAGUCGACUGGAUAAACAGAUGAGAAAGUUCACAGACAUCAGGAAAAAAAGCAGAUCUGCACACGCAGUAAAAAUCAGCAUCGAGGGCAAUAAAAUGCCCUUGUGACUGCCUGGGAGGUUCCCUAUCUCUGCUCUUAAGAAAUGCGCAAUGGACUCUUUGGAGAAAGAUGAUAUUUUAAAAACUUUUUUAGUGUACCUGUAAAUGAUUCAGCUUGUAUCAAAUGUUGUCAUAGGACUUGCAUUUCUCUCAGUUUUAUUUAAAACCAUUUGUUGUGCACUUUGUACAGAAGAAUACUAGUCCUACUUCUAUCAACUUUACACAAUAAAAUUCCAUUCUGGUUU